AUGUCUUCCCUGUCCCAGGUAUCGGAGUCCCUACCUUACAUCGAUCCACCCAUUACAGACACCGAGCGCGCAAAAGCCAAAACAUUGAUCGCCCAACACCUGCCAUCGGACUAUCUCACCACACCGCAUCCUUCUCUCCCCCCUCUUGCCACAGUCGAGUUCUCCAACAUCGCUUCUCAAGAGAUCGACCGGGUCGGUGCGGGUCAGCCGCGUCAAGGAGGGGUUGACGUGUCGCGGUAUGAGGCACCAAAUGAACCAGCAAGUGACAGUAGCGAAGAGGUCAAACGUCAGGCGCUCCGCAAGGCAUACGUGGCCAGCUCUUUCUUGUCAAGCAGGACAACCAACCUCCACCUUCUGGAACGAUUCGGGAAGAACGCUUGGCUCAUCAGCAAUUCUCAAGCAGAAGAUGUCCUCAGGCAGAUGGAAAGGGAACUGGUCAGGGUCAAGGCUGAAACGGAACAUAUCAACCGAGCUCGGAAAAUAGCACAGGAACAAGCCAGAGGAGAGCUCGUCGGACUCGAGGAGAACUGGAAGCGAGGAAUUGGGCAAAUUCUGGAGAUCCAGGUUGCAACAGACGAAUUACGGCAGCUGAUUCUUGAGCAGCGACGCAAUGCUGCCCGGCCCGGUUCUUGA